UGUUGACGUCACGAGACCACGCCCACUCCUCUUGGAUCCUGGUGAGAAACUCAGCGUUUAUUGAUUUUUUUUGUUGUUGUUAAUCCGGGUGUCUCAGGUGCAGGAGGUCACUUGCUCUGAAUUACGGUGUGGUUUUACCUGUUGUACCUGAUGCUGCGGUGCAUCUCGGCUCAUUCAGACUGCAGUUGACUGCGACGUUCUUUUCUACCUGCUCAUCAUGAAAGCUCUGAUCCUUGUCGGAGGAUACGGCACAAGAUUACGGCCGCUCACGCUCAGUGUGCCCAAGCCGCUGGUGGAGUUCUGCAACAAACCCAUCCUGCUCCAUCAGGUGGAAGCUUUGGCCAAGGCCGGAGUCUGCCAUGUCAUUCUGGCUGUCAGCUACAUGUCUGAUCUUCUGGAAAGAGAAAUGAAGGCACAGGAGCAGAGACUCGGAAUAAAAAUCUCCCUUUCCCAUGAGAAGGAGCCACUGGGGACAGCUGGUCCUCUCGCUCUGGCUCGUGAACUGCUGACGGAUAGCGACGAGCCGUUUUUCGUGCUCAACAGUGACGUGAUCUGUGACUUCCCCUUCGAGGAUAUGCUUAAAUUCCACAAGAACCACGGCAAAGAAGGCACCAUUGUCGUCACUAAAGUGGAGGAGCCAUCCAAGUACGGCGUUGUUGUGUACGAGGGAGAGACGGGCUGCAUUCACCGCUUCGUCGAGAAGCCGCAGGUGUUCGUCUCCAACAAGAUCAACGCCGGAAUGUACAUCUUCAGCCCGAGCAUGCUGAGGAGAAUACAGUUGCGCCCCACCUCUAUUGAGAAGGAGAUUUUCCCGGUUAUGGCUGAGGAAGGACAGCUUUAUGCCAUGGAGCUUCAAGGGUUCUGGAUGGACAUCGGUCAGCCUAAAGACUUCCUGACCGGGAUGUGUAUGUACCUGCAGUCCGUCAGACAGCACGCGCCCGAGAGGCUCCGCACUGGACCAGGCUUCCUCGGCAAUGUGUUAGUGGACCCAACAGCGGUGAUUGGGGAGAACUGCACAAUCGGACCCAACGUGACCAUCGGCGCUGGUGUGGUGCUGGAAGACGGCGUCAGGAUCAAACGCUGCACCGUGCUCAGGGGAGCUCACAUCCGCUCACACUCCUGGCUCGAGUCAUGCAUCGUGGGCUGGAGCUCGUCUGUAGGACAGUGGGUACGAAUGGAGAACGUGACGGUUCUGGGCGAGGACGUGAUCGUCAAGGACGAGCUCUACAUCAACGGCGCGAACGUUUUGCCCCAUAAAUCCAUCACGGACUCUGUGCCUGACCCUCGCAUCAUCAUGUAGAAAUCACACACGUUCUUGUACUUCAUGCCUGAGUGUGGUGUAUCAGGAGAGUGCGAGCACUAUGUGACGUUGCUUGGAAGUUUAGCAUGGACAAAAAAACAAAACAAAAUGGGAGGGUCAUAAAUACGUUGUAAGUAUUGUACAGGAUGGGCGGUGACGUUCCCGUAUUUAACCGUCGAGAUGAAGGUUUGCCGAGAGUUCUUUUGUGUAUAUGAACAGAAAGGGUGGGUCACCUUGCCUUAAAAGCGGAGUGCCGGUGUCUCUUAUGCAACUUGUCUUCGUUUCGUCUUUUUCCUUACUAAUAAUAGGAUUGUCUGUGCAAUGUGUAGGUAUGAAUCUAUACCUAGAGUACACAUUUGAGCUAAGUAAAGCUUCAAACUCGAUGCCGUAGUGUCCACAAAACCCAGCUUCAAGGAAUAUUCAGGCAUAUUUCAACCUAAUCUCUACCCACUGCAUGUAGGGUACAGUAUGUGCGAUUACCACGUAUGUAGAACGAUUCUGUAUUUAGGAAAAAACAAAACAGAAGUUCUGACUUGUUCGUUUGAAAUUCACUUAUCAUGGAAAUCGAAGGCAAGUUGUAAAAGUAUGUGAUUGUACACUAUGUGGCAAAAGUAUAUGGACACCUGAGCGUCUUAAAUCCCGUCUCAAAACCAUCAGUAUUGACUUGUUCCCCUCCUUUGCGGUUAUAAUAAGCUCCACACUUUCACGAAGGGUUUCCUGUAGAUUUUGAAGCGCUGCUGUGGGGAUUUGCGCCUGGGGUGCAGUCAUUGCGUUCCAGUUCAUCCCAAAGGUGUUCAGUGGGUUCUUCCACUCCAAACUGUGUUCAUGGAGCUCGCUUUGUGCCCAGCAGCAUUGUCAUGGUGGGACAGAUUUAGCUGCAUUGAGGAGAAAUUGUCAUUCCACGGCUAUAUGCCACACCACGUCAUAAGAACCAUAUGUAUGUGUCAUCCAUUCUCUAAUGGACAGAGAAGCAGCUUUGGAACCAAAAGGUCGCCGGUUCAAUUCCCUGGAUGAGCCGGAAUGGCUGAUGUGCCCUUGAGCAAGGCACCUAACCCCUAACUGCUCCGCAGGCCGCUUUGGGUAUGUUGUACGUCGCUCUGGAAAAGAGUGUCUGCUAAAUGCCUGUAAUGUAAUGAUGGUCAGGUGUCCACAUACUUUUGGCCAUAUAGUGUGUAAUGUGAAUUCAAACCUACAGGUAUUACACUCUUUUGAUUAAAAGUCUUAAGAGGAGACAGAAAUUAGAGAAUUUUCCAUCACUGUUUCGAUAUUUUAUAUAAAAUAUUACGUAUGUACAGAAAUGCAGUAGUAGGUAGAGAUUAGGUUGAAGAAAUAUUUCAAUGUUUAAAAAAAAAAAGAAAGGAGUACUCCUUUUACGUGGAAUGGAGCAGAUGAAGCCACAGUCAGAGAAAAGGAAAAUCAUGCCGCGACGUUAGCCGAGCUCAUCGCUCUCCACUUAUUUCCAUGUUCUAAAUCAUGUAUGCUCUCAGCUUGUGCGAUUGUAGUGAAAAUGAACCUGAACAAAUACUGGAAUGCAUCGUGUUAAUUUGAACUGACGGUGAAGUAUUUGAGUGUGACCACUAAAAUGUCAGCCCAAACAGUAUGAACACUUUUAAUGAUGUGGUGUUUUUUUUUUUUUUUUAAAUCAGAAUUAAUAUAAACAAUACAAGCAA